AUGAGAGUCAAACUCAAGGAAUCCGUUCCUCCUAAAUUCCAAUCCAUCGAACCCUUCCAAACAACCAUGGUUGGAAGCAAGCGCACGAGGAGCAAAACCGCUGCGAUGGCUCAAUCCGUGACGGCCCAAAGCUACUCCUCCCACGAUCCCGCGAUCGACAUGGUGGCUCCACCGCCUCUUGCCGUCGUGAACCUACAGCAAACCCUAGCUGCCGCACCAUAG